UACUUCUAAAUUGUACUUUGUUUGAGUAAAUGUCAGCUGUUUUCCACCACUGGCCGUAACUUCUGUCUCUGCUGUCUGACUGAGGAAGACAAACAUGGAGCGUCACUGUCUCCUACAGAUUGAAAUCGGCGCCUGCCGACUGAGCACGGAACCGGUUUCCGGACAAUCCCGAACACCUACGAAGACAACCUCCCCUCUUCUUCCCUUCCUCCCUCCCUCCUCCCCUUCACGCCUAAUGUUGCUGUACCUCCAACCCUCCCCCCGUAUCAGAGGAGUAGAAACAACAAGCCGCCAUUUUGUUUGUGCGGACAGACCGUCAGAAACAGGAGGAGAUAACCGAGAGAAGGAGCGACUCCGGCAACCGACGGCGGCCACCCCGGGAACCACCGGGGCGAAGAAAGAGGGUCCGUGAUACCGAGAGAGAGAGAAAGCAGCUCCGAAAAGAUAAGACGUCAGCGGAGGGAAACCGAGUCGGUGAUAUUUAUGCGUGCAUGAGAAGGAAAUACUCCGAAAAAUCCAAGGAAGGGGGUGUUUUGCGGAGCGGAGACAGAGAGGAGAGGCGGAAGAGGGCUGUAUAUUAUCAUAACGAGGAAAAAAACUGCGAAAAAAGGGAAAACAUCAACAUGAAAAAUCAUUAUGUGUCCGUCGCGGAGGAAGGAAAGAGUCCGCAUAGACAAUUAUAUAAAUAAAUUGCUGCCGGGCAGAAGGGAGAGGUGGAAAGAAAGACGGGUUUAAAGAGAAGGGGAAAAUUGCCAGGAUCAACACGAAGGGGGGCAUUCUCCAUCACAAAGAGUCAAUGAGAGGAUUUUGUCAGCCCAAAAUAUUUUAGGGGGGGUGGGGGGGGUGUCAACAUUAGUGCCGAUCUGAAGCUUUCCGCUUCCGAAAUAGCCAUAAUUUCUGAGCGUCAUUUUUAUCACAUUUUCGCCUGUCGCCGUAGCUGUGCUCCGGAUUUUUUUUUUGUCUUUUUCUCUUCACUUGAAUUGCCAAGACAUCAUAUAAACAGUGACUGUCAGGUUUUGGAAUAUUUAUCUUUUUUUAUUAUUAUUAUCUGCAAGCGAAAACCAGGAGGAGGAACCACAAGACAAGUAACCGUCCUCUGCAAAAUAAAACUAAUUGGAUCAAUCUUGACUGCCCGCUGAUUGGCAAUUAGCGCUGUGAUUGCCCUCAAGAACUAUACUGUCAAACAAGUCUGCAGCAGAAUCGAUUGCACAAGAAGCAGUGAUUUUUGACAAGAUUUUUUUAACAACCCUGCUGACUGCAAUCGUGCAAAAAAGGGGGUUGCAACAACCAAAUGUGCAAUACGACUGUGCUCCUUUCUGAUCCAGUGCCUUGCAUGGUCACACACUAAGUGCACAUUUUAGUCAGCAUGCAAAGGAAAGUCAUGCAUGCAUGUACACAUCUGCAAUAUAUUUUAUCUGCAAGUGUGGGACUCUAAGUGUUUGCAUCUUUCUGCAGAACUAUUUAUUCACUUAAGCCAAUGCAAGUCUCAGUAUUGCACUUGAGAGUUAAUUGUAUUUGAGAUCUGCACACACCGGUUGACUGCUUUUUUGUGUGUGUGGAAAGGAAUCGGUGGCAGCAGAAAGAUGCCUGGUCAGGUGAGAGAAAUGCAACCGAGGAUCUCAUAACUGUUGCACGAGAGAUCAGCCUCCAGAAGUUAGCUUUGAGAUUUUGGACCACAAUUUUCUUUUUUUUUUCGCGACUCCUCGCUGGAGCUCCAGACCUGAUAAACGGGAUUUCUCCGCCGACAAUGGCGCACAGGACUGAGUGCUGCACGGAGGACGGAUCCUGGGACGAUUUUUGUGUCGCAGAAGAGGCUACAUGAGGUUGUCAGAGGGCCGCACGCUUGCCUUUUUUGCCGACUCCACCUUCCCACCUCCUCCUGUUCAAAUCUGCGAAGAAACAAAAUCUCCGACAGGGGAGGGGGACUGAUAUCUGCAGAGAGGGAGAGCUGUGAGGGAAAGAGUUCAACAUUGCUCUCUUCUCCCCUACCGUCCCCCGAGCGGUGGGGGAAGCAUUUCUUAAAGGGAUAAGGAGACGCAAAUAAAGGAAAUACAUUUGCCCUCCGUGGACCUACAGCUAUUUUUUUAAUUCGUCAAAAAUAUGGCCGAUAAUGUCCUGGAGUCCGGCCCGCCUUCAGCCAAGAGGCCCAAGCUGUCUUCUCCAGCUCUCUCGGUGUCUGCAAGUGAUGGAAAUGACUUUGGUUCACUCUUUGACCUGGAGCACGACCUCCCAGACGAGCUCAUCAGUUCCUCGGACCUCGGGCUGACCAACGGAGGGGAUGUCAGCCAACUCCACACCAGCCUUGGCGGACUCGGAGGAGGGCUCGGUUUGGGUGGCCAGGAUGCAGCUGCGAAACACAAACAGCUGUCUGAGCUCCUGCGCGCCGGAGCACCAGCACAGCAGGGUGGCCCCACUUCCAACAGCACGGCACCCGGGGCUUCCAUGGGGAUGAUGGGGGGUGUCAGUGUCUCUGCUGGUGGACCUCAAGGCAUGCCCCCGCAGGGCCAGCAGCAGCCUGGAUUAAUGCAGCAGGUCGGGAUGGUCGGAGGGGUGUCAGCGCUCAACCGGGCAGCUGCCAUGAUGGGUGCCCAGAAGGGCAACACUGGACAGCAGCAGCAAGGCCUGAUGGGGGGACAGGUGAUGAAUGGCUCACCAAGAAUGGGUUACCCUGGCAGUGCAGGCAUGGGGAACAAUAGUAAUCUGUUGGCGGAAACCCUACAGCAGCAGGGCGGUCAGCAAAUGGGACCCGGGGGUCAGACAGGGAUGAGACCGCAGCAACCCGGAGCACUGAGCAAGAUGAAUAUGAUGGCCAAUGCGGGCCCCUAUGGCGGUCCGUACGGCCAGUCGGGCCAGGGGCUGCCUGGAGCAGGGCUGGGCCCACAGCUCCAGAAUAAGGCGGGCAUGCCCAACAAUAUGGCCUCCCAGUUUAACAUGGACAAGAAGGCACCUCCAAGUCAAGGCAUGCCGGGGAUGGUUUCUCAGCAGCAGCAGCCCGGAGCAGUUGGUGGUGUAUCUGUCAGCGGAGCAGCAGCCGUAGGAGGGGCCCAGGUCGGGCUCAGUGCCGUAGGGGCGGGUCCCGGCACAGCGCCCCCUACUGCAGACCCCGAGAAACGGAAGCUGAUUCAACAGCAGCUGGUCCUCUUGCUCCAUGCGCACAAGUGCCAGCGGAGGGAGCAGGCCAACGGGGAGGUGCGGCAGUGCAACCUGCCCCACUGCCGCACCAUGAAGAACGUGCUCAACCACAUGACUCAUUGCCAGGCUGGCAAGUCCUGCCAGGUGGCACACUGUGCCUCAUCCAGACAGAUCAUCUCUCAUUGGAAGAAUUGCACACGACACGACUGUCCGGUAUGCCUGCCACUGAAAAACGCCGGAGACAAGAGGAAUCAGCAGUCUCUUGUUAAUAGUGCAGGGGUGGGUUUGGUGAACUCUUUAGGUCCAGGGGUGCCUGGUGGUCAGUCCAACACUCCAAACCUGAAUCCUCCUAACCAGAUCGACCCCAGCUCCAUAGAGAGGGCCUACGCUGCACUGGGCCUCACGUACCAGGGCAACCAGAUACCACAGCAGCCCCCACAGGCCAUGCCAAACCAGGGGCUGCAGGGGCAGCCUGGGAUGAGGACUAUGAACACCAUGGGUGGAAACUCUAUGGGAGUUAACGGUGGAGUGGGAGUGCAGUCCCCCAACCAGCAGUCCAGCCUACUGCCAAACGCGCUGUUGCACGGAAACAUGAAUGCACAGAGUUUGAUGAAUGAUGGUGUGGGGAACCUGGGCUCCAUGCCCACGGCAACUCCUCCUUCUGCUGCAGGCAUGAGGAAGUCUUGGCAUGAAGACAUCACGCAGGACCUCCGCAACCACCUUGUCCACAAGCUCGUGCAGGCCAUCUUCCCCACUCCUGAUCCAGCGGCCCUGAAGGAUCGGCGGAUGGAAAAUCUGGUGGCUUACGCUCGAAAAGUAGAGGGGGACAUGUACGAGUCAGCCAACAGUAGGGCGGAGUACUACCACCUGCUGGCAGAGAAGAUCUACAAGAUUCAAAAGGAGCUAGAGGAAAAGAGGAGGACACGACUCCAGAAGCAGGGCAUGAUGCCUGGCCAACCUGGCAUAGCCUCCCCAGGCCUCCCACAGGUGCCUCCCAACAUGGGACAGCCGCCCAUGGCCCCUGGGCAACCCCCAAAUGGUCCUCACGCCGAUCCGUCCAUGGUUCGACCGGCGGGACCCAAUCAGAUGGUCAGCAGGAUGCAGAACCCAGCAGGAAUGAACCAGUUUGGUCAAAUGGGGCUGCAGCCGAUGGGUCAGAGGUCUCCCCUUCCUAUAAAUGCUCCAAUGAACCAGAUGGGUAUGGGAGCAACAAGGAUGGGUCAACCUAACGCCACACAAUUACAGAACCAGUACCUCCCUCCAGGCCAGUUUCCGGGGUCCAGUCCUGGACUUGGCUCUGGUCCUGUUGGCAUGAACCAGCCAGGACCACAGACCGCUGUGCCACCGCCGAACCAGAUGUCAACGCCGCCUUCCCUCCCAGCCAGCAGCCCCGCAGCACAGUCCUCUGCCCCAGGCUCUGCAGCCCCAGUAAGCUCCAUGGGGUCUGGUAGUGCCAGUGUUGCUGGGUCUUUACCCAACCUGCCUCCAUCCUCCACCCCCAACCAGCCGAACUCCUACCCUCACUGUCCACCCAUCCGAACAAACUCCCCCUCACCGGCACGCAGCCUAACGCCUCAACCUCAUCAGACACCCCCCACGUUACCUCGCUCUCAGACCCCACAGCCACAGACUCCCAGCACGCCUCAGCUGCCCCCUCCACAGCACCCCCAGCAACAACAACAAGCUUCGCAGUCACAGCAGCAGCAGCAGCAGCCGCAGCCGCAACCGCAGCCGCAGCCGCAGCCGCCGCCAUUGGGGCAGACAGGGAACUCUGAGAAGGCCAGUCAGCUUCCACAGCAGACUCUUGGGGGUGCAGCUUCCUCAGGCCCUCAAGCAGGUCAAACUUCUUCCGUGCCUACCCAGAAUGCUCAUGUGCCAUUGCAGCGACCACAGACCCCACUUUCUCCGAAGCCUUCUCUGACAGCGGAUGGUCAGGUGUCCUCUCCGGCCUCGGUCAGCAGCAGUGCUGAUCCCAGCUCCCAGAUCACAAUGGCGGACGGCCCCGCUCCCAGCCAGGAAGAUGUCAAAAUGGAGGUGAAGAAGCAGGAGGAGGAGGAGGAUGACGACGAAGGGGCUGACACCCAAGGAGAGGGCAAGGGGAAGAUGGGAAAGGGUCAGCAUGACGUGAAGACGGAGGAGAAACCAGAGGUGAAGACGGAGAAGGUGUCAGGAGACGGGUGUAAAGGUGAGCCCAUGGAUACAUCCUCGCUCUCGACGUCAUCGUCGACAUCAACAGGUGAAGACAAGAAGCCGGAGGUGAAGAAAGAGCCCAAAGAGGAAGAGGAGGGGUCAGGGUCAACAGCCAACAACAGCUCUCCAGCCAGCACUCAGAGCAAGAAGAAAAUCUUUAAGCCGGAGGAGCUGCGUCAGGCUCUGAUGCCCACCCUGGAAGCUUUGUACCGGCAGGACCCUGAGUCCCUUCCCUUCCGUCAGCCGGUGGACCCCCAGUUACUGGGAAUACCCGUACGUAUUCGAACUAGUAACAAAACUAACCUGGACUACUUUGACAUCGUGAAGAACCCCAUGGAUCUGUCGACCAUCAAGAGAAAACUGGACACGGGACAGUACCAAGAGCCUUGGCAGUAUGUCGAAGAUAUCUGGCUGAUGUUCAACAACGCCUGGCUGUACAACCGCAAGACGUCCCGCGUCUACAAGUACUGCUCCAAGCUGGCGGAGGUGUUCGAGGCGGAGAUCGAUCCCGUCAUGCAGGGCCUGGGAUACUGUUGUGGGAGGAAGUUUGAGUUUUCCCCCCAAACUCUUUGCUGCUAUGGAAAACAAUUAUGCACCAUCCAACGCGACGCUGCUUACUUUAGCUACCAGAACAGUUCACCAAAAUAUGGGCUUCUUGCUGACAGGUACCACUUCUGCGAGAAGUGUUUCAACGAAAUCCAGAGCGAGAGCGUUUCCUUGGGGGACGACCCCUCCCAGCCUCAGACGUCCAUCAACAAAGACCAGUUCCAGCGAAAGAAGAACGACACACUCGACCCUGAGUUACUUGUGGAAUGUAUUGACUGCGGUCGUAAAAUGCACCAGAUCUGCGUCCUGCAUAAUGAUACCAUAUGGCCAUCGGGCUUUGUGUGCGACAGCUGCCUCAAAAAGGCCAACAAGACCCGGAAAGAGAACAAAUACGCAGCCAAAAGGCUCCCUCAGACCAAGUUGGGGAACUAUUUGGAGACACGAGUGAAUGACUACAUCAAGCGGCAGAACCUCCCUGAUUCUGGCGACGUCACUAUCCGUGUAGUCCAUGUGUCAGACAAGACGGUCGAGGUCAAGCCGGGCAUGAAGUCCAGGUUUGUUGACAGCGGAGAGAUGUCCGAGUCUUUCCCGUACAGGAUGAAAGCCCUGUUUGCAUUCGAAGACAUCGACGGAGCGGAUGUGUGUUUUUUCGGCAUGCAUGUUCAAGAGUACGGCUCGGACUGCCCGCCGCCCAAUCAGAGACGAGUAUACAUCUCUUACCUGGACAGCGUGCACUUCUUUCAACCUCGAAUCCUCAGAACUGCGGUCUACCACGAGAUCCUGAUCGGCUACCUGGAAUACGUCAGGAGGCUGGGGUACACAACGGGUCAUAUCUGGGCCUGUCCACCCAGUGAGGGGGACGAUUACAUCUUCCAUUGUCACCCUGCGGACCAGAAGAUCCCCAAACCAAAGCGGCUGCAGGAGUGGUACAAGAAGAUGCUGGACAAGGCCGUCGCUGAGCGCAUCGUCCACGAUUACAAGGACAUCUUCAAGCAGGCCACAGAGGACCGGCUGACCAGCGCCAAGGAGCUGCCGUACUUUGAGGGCGACUUCUGGCCCAACGUGCUGGAGGAGAGCAUCAAGGAGCUGGAGCAGGAGGAGGAGGAGAGGAAGAGGGAGGAGAACAGCACCUCCAACGAGAGCACAGAUGUCACAAAAGGAGACAGCAAGAAUGCCAAAAAGAAGAACAAUAAAAAGACGAGUAAGAACAAGAGUAGCAUGAGCCGAGCCAAUAAGAAGAAACCAGGGAUGCCCAAUGUGUCCAACGACCUCUCCCAGAAACUCUACGCCACCAUGGAGAAACAUAAGGAGGUUUUCUUUGUUAUCCGCCUCAUCGCUGGUCCCACCGCCAACUCGCUGCCCCCCAUCACUGACCCGGACCCCCUGAUGGCCUGUGACCUGAUGGACGGCCGCGACGCCUUCCUGACUCUGGCCAGGGACAAGCACCUGGAGUUCAGCUCUCUCAGGAGGUCCAAGUGGAGCUCCAUGUGUAUGUUGGUGGAGCUGCACAACCAGAGCCAGGACCGCUUCGUCUACACCUGCAACGAGUGCAAACACCACGUGGAGACCCGGUUCCACUGCACCGUCUGCGAGGACUACGACUUGUGCAUCACCUGCUACAACACUAAAGGUCACGAGCACAAGAUGGAUAAGCUGGGGCUCGGACUGGACGACGACAGCAACAACCAGGCGGCAGCAGCCACCCAGAGCCCCGGAGACUCCCGCCGUCUCAGCAUACAACGCUGCAUCCAGUCGUUGGUCCACGCGUGUCAGUGCCGAAACGCCAACUGCUCCCUGCCGUCCUGCCAGAAGAUGAAGCGCGUUGUUCAGCACACAAAAGGCUGCAAGCGCAAGACAAACGGCGGCUGUCCGAUCUGCAAGCAGCUCAUCGCUCUGUGCUGCUACCACGCCAAACACUGUCAGGAGAACAAGUGUCCCGUCCCGUUCUGUCUGAACAUCAAGCAGAAGCUCCGGCAGCAGCAGCUGCAGCACCGACUCCAGCAGGCCCAGAUGUUGAGGAGGAGGAUGGCCAGCAUGCAGCGGGUGGGGCAGGCAGCCGGGGGGCCGCCGGGGGGACCCGUCGUAGGACUUCCUUCACCGGGGAACAAUGGUACCACAGCUCCCAGUACCCCAACGUCUGGUGGAACCCAACCUCCAACACCUCAGACCCCGACUCAGACCAUGCCUCCAGCCACGCAGCAGGGAAUGGGCCCCGGACCCGGAGUCCAGCAGCAGCCGUCAGGGGGGAUCCCCCCGCAGAGUGGCGUGCCUCCUCAACAUCAGCUCCACCACCAGUUCCAGCCGAUGGCGGGUGGAGGAGGCGGGGCCGGGGGGAUGAUGAGCUCUCCCCAACAUCAGCAGCAGAUGCUUCCUCAGGUCCAGCAGCAGCAGCAGAGCGGAGCAGCGACUCAGCCGCUCCAACAGCACCCCAACAACCUCCCUCCGUACGCCAGCAGACCUCCGGGCUCCUCCCCAGUCCACCAGUCGCAGGGCAAACCGGUCCUCGGCUCCGCAACGCCUCCCCAGCAGCAGCCUGGUGGCUCUGUCAUGGCUGGAAGCGUCGGGGGUCAACAGCCUCCGAGCCAGCCUCAGGGCCCGCCGCCUCUCCCACAGCAACAACAGCAGCCUCCGUCCGGCCCUCCACCCGCCGCUGUCGAAAUCGCUAUGAAGAUCCAGCAGGUGGCAGACGCUCAGAGGAAGAUGGCGCUGCAGAGACAAGCAGCUCAGGUGGCUGCCGGCCUGAUGCCUCCUCACCCGCACCACCAGCAGGGGCAGGGGCAGCAGAUGGGCAUGGGACACCCAGGCGGUGUUGGUGGGAUGGUUGGCGCCCAGGGGAUGCCGCCGCAGACCCCAGCAGCAGUGGCAGCUGCUCGGGGACACAUGGAUCCACAACAAGGUGCUCCGCCAGGGAUGAUGGUCGGCGCCGGAGGGCCGAUGCAGCAGCCCCCUCCGCAGGGUAACCAGCUGCCCCCUCAGGUGCAGCUGCAGCAGCAGAGGAUGGGCGCGCCGCAUCAGAACCCUCCACAGCCGCAGCAGCAGUGGGCGGGACAGGGGAUGCCGCCUCAGCAGAGGCAGGCAAUGAUGAACCAAAUGGGCCAUCCCGCCAUGAUGGCGGCUCAGCAACAACAACAGCAACAGCAGGAGCAACAAGCUCAGGGCCACGCCGCUUUGAUGAGUAUGGCGCAGCAGCAAGGCGCUGGUGGCGGGAUCCCAGGGGGAGCUGUCCCCGGAGCUGCUGGUGUUGCUGGUGGAAACAUCCCUCAGGCGGCCCUUCAGGAACUGUUACGGACUCUCCGCUCGCCGAGCUCGCCACUUCAGCAACAGCAAGUCCUCAACAUCCUGCGGUCGAACCCGCAGCUCAUGGCUGCUUUUAUCAAGCAGAGGGCCUCGAAAUACAAGGGGGUCCAGGGGGGCCCAGGGGGUCUCCCUGGAGGUCCUGGUCCCACGGGGGGUCCCGUUGGGAAUGUGAUGGCAGGAGGGGGCCCACAGGUGAACAUGAAUGCUGCAGGUGGCGGCCAGCCAGGGAUGCACAUGGGGGGUCAGGGAGGGACGAACGUCAACAUGGCGGCGAUGGCUCAGCUGCAGCAACAGCAGCUGCAGCAGCAGCCGAGGCCGAUGCUCAGCAGUUUACAGCAGCAGCAGGUGGCGGCGCUCCAGCAGCAGCAGCAACAGCAGCAAGCAGGCGGCAGAGCGAUGCAGGGCCAGGGGCCACAGAUGGGGAACCUCAACAAUCCCCAGUUCAGAGAGAUGCUGAUGAGGCGACACCUGCAGCAGCAGCAGCAGCAGCAGCAGCAGCAGCAGCAGCAACAGAUGGGAGUGAAUCACGGUCAGUUCCAGCAGCCGCAGCCUCCGCAGGGGCAGGGCUACAUGGGACAGCCGGGGAUGCAGCCUCCUGCUGUGGGACAGGGGCCCCCUGGAGGUCCGCCGCUCGGCCCUCAGCAGCCUGGCGGUCCUCCAGGCCAGCAGGGACAGGGUUACCCGGGGUCAGUGUCCCAGCAGCAGGCUACAGCUGCACUCCAGCAGAGGCUCCAGCACCAGCACCACCUUCAGAUGCAGCAGCAGAACGCCAUGGCCGGUCUCCCAGGGGGGGACACGGGACCAGGUGGAGGGGGCCCUCAGCAGCCGCCUCAGGGCCCUCAGCCCACUCAAAGCGGCCCCCCGCCCUCAUCGUCUCAGGCUCUGCUCCAGCAGGCGCUCCACCAGAGGCUGCUCCAGCAGCAGCAGCACCUGGGCCCCGGGGGGUCCCCAGCCCAGCACAGCAAUCCCAUGAGCCCCCAGCAGCCGCAGCAGAUGGCGCAGUCCCCGCAUCCGCACCAACACCUGCAGGGCCAGGCGCUGUCCACGUCGCUAGCCAACCAGGUGCGAUCCCCUCAGCCUUCACCCAGACCUCAGUCCCAGCCGCCGCACUCCAGCCCGUCUCCGCGCAUGCAGCCGCAGCCCUCGCCACAUCACAUCUCCCCACAGAUGCAGACGGGCUCCCCACACCUGAACCAGCACCACCCGGGAAUGGUGGUCCCCCCGCAGCAACAGCCAGCGACCCAGCAGCAGCAACAGAACUCUAUGGAGCAGUUUGGGUCGGAUCAGAGCGCCAUGCUCUCGCAGCUGAGCGGCAUGGCGGGUCUACACGGGCCGGGGGCCAACGGUCAGGACCCGCUGGGCCAGAACAUGAAUCACAACCCUUUAGACAUCAUGUAGGAAUUCUACGUAACGUGUCAAGCUGAGCUGAAAACGCUCCGUGAUUCUUCGCACAAACUGCACUCACCCAGGACAGUGUUAUUGUUAUUACUUAGCCUUUCUUUUUUAUACUAUUAUUAAAUGUUAUUUAAAAUGUUUUCAAUAAAGAUGCAUUGAACUGAACUUCCUAUGGGAGAUGAACAAUAAAUCAAGCAGUCGUUAAAUAAAUUAGAAUAAAUGAAUUGUAAGUUAUUGCUGUUAAUAUAUUUUUUUGCCAAUUGUGGACAAAGAGGGGGACGGUUUCUCUAGCGCCGCCUCUCACCUCCACCUCUUGCUGAGAAAGGUGAUAUUUUCGGGGGGUAAAUAGGAGUACUUGCCUUUUUUAAGAAAUGUUUUUAAGAUUUUAAAAGUGGUCGAGAAUUAAAGAGGAUUUAAUGCAAA